UUUUUUGUCUCGUUGCGCGAUUUCGCUUCUACUCUUUCAUUCGCUAGGACGGCGGGCACAUAUCCAUUCCCUGCCUGCAGUCGUCGAUACCCUCUUUCUUCUCCCCAUCUCAAGAUCCACGACAUCUCUCCUCACACAUGAUCUCUGUUCCUCUGUCCUUGGUUUCGCAUCUCGAAUGAAUUUGUUCGACUUCUCGAUGAGAGCCGACGCAGGAUGGAGUGUCUUCCAAGGGGCCGUUCGCCUCCACUCGUCAAGCUGUGGGCCGUGCGCGCUUGCGCUGACGUGAAUAGGAUCCAGCUUCAUCAACUCUUCGUUCCUUCUCAUCACAACCAACUUGACGGGAUAUAUGCUCCUCACAUCGAGCAGGGCCAUUAGCAGUCGUCUUGCCCCGUACUGUCCUCUUCUCGCUACUACCAGAUCAGCGACCCACACGCAGCCAAAAGGCCACAUAGCCUCUACCGCGACCCUCCCGCCCUCCUCCUUCCACACCUCCAUCCGCCUUUCCAAGUCCACAACCACCAUGUCCACCGGCACGCCAGCAACGGACAGCAAGAUCCUCUCCACCAACCGCCUCGAAACCGACCAAUUCAAGUGGGUCUCCCUCCGCUCAAUCCAAUGGCGCGACCCGACGGGCCGUGAUCGCAAGUGGGAGACGGCUGAGCGUCCAACCCGCAAAGGCAGCGCAGUGGACGCGGUUGCCAUCCUUGGUUUGAUCGCCAGGCCGAGCAGUCGUGAAGACCCCGAGGUGAUCCUGGUCAGCCAGUUUCGACCUCCCGUAAUGGUUGCGGAGGAGGAGCGCAAGGAGGCGAAAGAGGUCAAGAGUAAAGGAUUGGUUAUCGAGCUUCCCGCUGGAUUGGUGGAUGAAGGUGAAGGGCCAGAACAGACGGCUAUGCGAGAGUUGAAGGAGGAGACUGGCUAUGAAGUUGGGAAUGAUGGGGAUGGGUCUGGUCAGACGAGUAAAGUGCUGGAGGUGUCCCGAACGAUGUACAGCGACCCGGGAUGCAGUAUGGCCUGCAUGACUCUGGUUUGCGUGCGCAUCGAUCUGGCUUCGGACGAUUCGCCUCCGCCGGUGGCCGAGCCUGAUGAGGGGGAGUUUGUGGAGCGUAGGCUCGUCAAGCUCAAGGGGCUCUAUGGCGAACUGAAGCGCUUGCAGAAGGAGGAGGGAUAUGAAGUGGACGCUAGGUUGAUGCAUUUGGCGUACGGUGUUGGGCUAAGGGAGAUGUUCGGCUUGGAUGGCAAGGGGCCUGGACAGGGGCAGAGGGCGAAGCAGUAGAGGACAAUUCUUGACGUAGGCGGAAGAAGGGCGAUGCUAUAUGUGAUUACAGUGGCACAAGUGAUGAUGAUGAUGAGAUCAUGAUGAGAUGACACAGCGAUGCUGGUAGUAAUGAUGGCGCUUCUUCAGCGCUUCCUCUUCUUGACAAACAUGGCAUCCA